GAACAACACAGUCCUGACUCGGUACCCUCGCGGUGACUACUCUCCUGAAGUCGUCCUGUGCAAGGACGAUGGUACUGUUUUUUCGUCGCGUCCCAUCUGUUGUCCAUGCCACACUAGAUAAGCCAGUGAACAGUACCAGGGGUACCGCAGAACAGUUGUGACAUUUUUUUCGCAAGCGUACACUGUUUUAUUUCGCGUUAUAUGAACUAAACAUUUACGCAAAAAAAUAUAUGAAUAAAAACUAUUGUCGUUGAGAAGUGGUUUAGGGUUUAUUUGACUUUUUUUCGUAUUUUAAUUGUGAUAUUUUGAGUGUGGAUUUCGUCAUAUUGUGAACAGUUUUGGAUUUUUUUUUCAAUGAAGUGUAAGCACUAGAAACAGGCUACCCACUCUGGGUACAAUACAAUGGGACUGUACAAGAAGUACUCCAGUCUAACGCAAUAUGCCAAAAACCAUAUUCUUGGGGUCGACAGAGGCGUCGCCCAGAAAGAUGGAAUACCUUUCCAGCUGCUGGUCUCUCAGCACUUCAGCCACAGUCGGCUGGCAGUUAUUAUGAUAGGACUGUUCACGUUAGCAGUAGGCAUAAUUUUGUCAUCGAUACCGUGGUUAGAUUAUAUUAUUUUAAAGAAUUUAAAAUUAAGAGAUGGUUCGCUGAGCUUUCAGUACUGGCAAAAGCCGGGCGUGAUCCGGUUGACCAAAGUCUACAUCUUCAACGUCACCAAUCCGGAUGGUUUUCUAACGCAAGGGGAGAAGCCAAAGCUGCAAGAAAUCGGGCCGUUCGUCUAUAGGGAAGACAUGGAAAAGGUGAAUAUAAAAUUCCACGAGAACGGCACUGUGUCUUACCAACACAAAAAAAUACUACAAUUUGUACCUGAGCUGUCAGUCAACAAACACCAGAAGAUCGUUGUGCCCAAUAUACCUCUCCUUACGCUGGCCACACAAUCCAACAACAUGGGCUACUGGGUCCAGAAGACCAUCUCGCUGCUGCUGAGCAUGAGCAGUUACAAACCCUUCGUCUCCAUAACGGCCGACGAACUGGUUUUCGGCUACGAGGAUAGGCUAGUGGCUCUGGCACAUCAGUUUUACCCAAAGAGGAAGCGACCCGCCGACAGAAUGGGUCUAUUCAUCAACAGGAACGGAACGUUACCAGAAGUACACAACAUCUACACGGGAAUGACCGGUAUGCAGGAGUUUGGCCUACUGGACAAUCUCAACGGCAAAGACACGUUACCCUUUUGGAAGGAGGCCCCCUGCAACGCCCUAAGGGCAAGCGAGGGGUCCUUCUUCCCCCCCAGAUACUUCACCAAGGCCGAUAUCGUCCACAUUUACGAUAAAGACCUGUGCAGGAUCCUGCCGAUGCAAUACAGGAGAUCGGUGACGAAACACGGUAUCGCCGCUGACCUCUUCACUCCAAGCGACAAUAUUUUUGAGUCUGUCGAUGUCCAGCCAGAGAACAAGUGCUACUGUCCAGGGAACGAGUUCUGUCCACCCAAGGGGCUGCAAAAUAUAAGCCCCUGCCAGUUCGAUGCGCCUGUCUACCUGUCAUUCCCGCAUUUUUUGGACGCAGAUCCUAACCUUACAAAACCUUUCGAAGGGCUCAGCGCCGAUAGGGAAAAGCACGAGUCUUACUUCAAAAUUCAACCGAAACUCGGCGUUCCUGUGGAGGGAAAAAUCAGAGCACAAUUGAACCUCAAGAUAGACCAAGCCCCCUACAUCACCGUGGUGAAAGAUUUUCCCAGUAUUAUUUUCCCCAUAAUGUGGCUUGAAGAGGGCGUCGAUGAUUUAACACCGUCUAUCCGCAGAUGGAUAUACCUCGCCACUACCUUUGCGGACGUGGCCUGCCCUCUGAUGACCUACGGCUUCAUAUUUCUCGGAACCUGCGUCAUCCUUGGGGUCUUCGUCAACACUUACAAGUCCCUGGUCUUCACCAAGGAAACCAUAGAGAUAGGAAUGAAAACCUUGAGAAGGCGAAGCAGUGCUUACAUAUACGGAUCCAACAGGUUCAUAUCUAGGAGAGACACAUACACUUUAUUGGAUAUAAGUGAAGAUGGAAAUGAACUUCGCAUUUAGCGGUUAAACCGACCCUUUAUAAAUUCUUAAAGACUACGAACAAAUUAAAACCAGUAGAAAACAAUGAAUGCACUGCAACAAUAUUCCUUAGUUAGAACCAAAAAAUUACAGAAUGUACUUAAAAGUAAAUUUAACCAAUAUUUUACAAUUUUUUAUUUAAUAAUAGGUCCCUUUUUUGUAUUUGUGUUACCAGUUUUAGUGGGUAAUAUUAUUUGUGAAAAUGUUUUGUGGUAGGUAAUUUUUUUUCUUGAAUGAGUAUGAUCCGUCCUCUUUUGUAAUAUAAAUACUUGUAACGAACAAUAAGUAAACCCACGUUUGCAAAAAUAUAUGGUGAAAUAACGAUGUUUAAAAAACAUCAAUUUUUUUGCUCAAUGUUAGGAACUAUGUGAUAAAUGUGCAAUAGUUUUGUGUUUUAUAAUAAUUUUGAUACCGACAAUUAUGCUGGUCAGUAAAAACUGUUAUCUAAAAUUACAAAUGUAACUUAAGCACUUACACUAUAACGAGAAUAUCUAAAAAAUUAUUAUGUUUUAACUUCAUGUUCAAAAUUAUCCAGCGCUAAGAACUUCAAAACAUUAAAAUAUAUAUAUUUCAGUUUUGUGUUCAAAAUUUCUUAUUACCUAGUCAAAUAAUAAUUUUGGGAGAUGUUAAUUGCAAUUUGAAAAUCAUAUAAGAUAAUUUGGAUGCUAUGGAAUUUUAUUUAAAAGUUUAUUGUAUAUGUUUUAAGAGUAAAAUAUAGAAAUAAUCUAUAUUAGUUUAUUACUGAUAUUAAGGAAAAAAGACUUCUUAUUGACAUUUUGCUCAGAAAAUUCGAAAAUGUUGAAGUGUACGGAGAUAGCUGAAUAAUUUUUUAAUAAAUAUUUUUUUAAAUUAAA